AAACUUUAACCUCCUGAAGAAUGCGAAUCAAAAUAAUAUUACGGGGUAGAAUUUAGCGAAAUGAUUAGGAAUAUAAUACGUACCAGCCGGUGGCUGGUGCGGCCGCAGAUCAAUAGUCUCGCCCCUAUCGCGAUACGAAAAUGCAGUAGUAUACUAAAAGACUGCAGACUGAAUGUUAGUUGUGGUUUUAAUAACCGAAGAUUAUCUGAUAAUAUCCGCAAUGAAGAGGAACCUCUAGUAUUUGAAGAGGUUUGCAACGAGACCUUAGAGUCGCUGUGUGAUUUUUUUGAGCAGUUAAUCGAAGAUGCACCGAAUUUGAAAGGGGCUGACGUAACAUACAGCGAUGGCGUAUUAACCAUAUCAUUAGGAAAGUACGGGACAUAUGUGAUAAACCGGCAGAUACCAAAUAAACAGAUUUGGUUGAGCUCCCCCACGUCUGGACCAAAGCGCUAUGACUUAGUUCUCGAGGGAAGAGGCUACUGGAUCUACAAACACGAUGGAGUCACACUCCACAAACUCCUGCAACAAGAAAUAUCAGUGAUAGUUAAAGAUAAAGUUGAUUUAUCGAAGUGCUCACACAGCUUAGUUUAAAGUUCAUAAGAAAUAAGAACAUAGUGUGUG